CCUGCUGUGGCUGGGCCCUUGGCUGGGUUGAGCCUGCUCAGGGGGAGAUGGGCAAUGCCUCGGGGACCCCUGCCGACUGAUACCCAUUCACCCGACCUGCUCUGGGGUAGAGAACUCCUGCAGCCAACACCCAGACGCUCCACCUCCAAGCUCAGAGCACAGUGAGCAGAGCCACUGCUUCCGUCACUAGGCAGAGCCACACAUGACAGAUGACACACCUGUGUGCAAAUGUGAUCAACGUCCUCCCUGUAGGCAGACGAACUGCAAAGCUGGCUCUCCCUCUGACCAGGUGAAUGAGAAAGAACAACCACGUUUGGGUAGGCCAGUGGCACAGAGGCUCCUGCCUAUGCUGGACAUACACCAUGGCGUGUGGCUUGGCAAAUGGAGUGCAGACUGGAUUCAACCCCAUUCAGGCCCCUCCAGCCAGUCGCCCCUGGGAAAGACACAAGCCACACCAUUGUUCACAGUGGCCUUGUUUUUUGGUGAGUGGCUGAAGAAGGGAGCUGGUAUUUGUGGAAUUCCUACUUUAAACUUGACUUUCUCACAGACAUUGUCAGUGAAACCCAUAGUUACCUGAGAGGAGGGGUGAACCCUGCCCAUUUGGCAGAUGCACAGAGAGGGGUCACGUGGAGAGGGCGUGGCGGAGCUGGGACUGGCAGCCAGGUCUGCGUGACUGCUGAGGCCACCCUUUUCCUCUCUUCCUCUCCACGUCUUGGCCUCCUUUGCGGACAUUGUGAUAAUAGGGCCAUUUGUGUCUGCAACUGGAACCGCCUAGAUGCCGAUAAAGCCGCUAGGAAGCCUGUGCCUUGGCCCCCAACUGGCUUCCUGCCCAUUCCUGUGCCAAUUCCACAGGCGAGAAUGAAGCGUGUUUUGGCAAUGGUGCAGAAGGCGCCCAGCUACUGUACUUGCCGUAUCUGCUGGAGCUUCUGCCUAACAAUGGGUGAUGUCACAGGCCCUGUGUUCUCAUGCCAAGCCAGCAUCAGAGGCAUUUCAAUAGGAAGUGAAAAUAACAAAACACAGAACAUUAGAAACGGCAUAGCCUGGAGGUUGGGUGUAGACCUCAAGCCUACAAGGGAGCUAGAGAGCUGUAGAGGAAACUGAAGCAAAUCAGUCAUGGAUGUAGCCACCAUGGCGGGCGGGGACACAGCUGGAGGAAAAAGCAAGGACAUCAGCAAGUAUGGCAGCAUGCAGAAGAAUUUUGCAGACAGAGGCCUCCCAAAACCGCCCAAGGAGAAGCUGCUGCAGGUGGAGAAGCUGAGGAAGGAGAGCGGCAAGGGCAGGUUCCUCCAGCCCACAGCCAAGCCCCGUGCCCUUGCCCAGCAGCAGGCUGUGAUCCGGGGCUUCACCUACUACAAGGCGGGCAGGCAGGAGGUAACAGAGGCAGUGGCAGACAACGCCCUUCAGGGCACUUCCUGGUUGGAGCAAGUGCCGCCCAAGGUAGAGGGCGAGCCCAACUCCGCAGAGCAGGACGAGGCUGAGCCCAGGUCCUCAGAGGGAGUAGACUUGGCUCCUGGCACUCCCACCUCAGUCCCUGCCACCACCACCACUGCCGCCACCCUGACUCCCACCACCAGUCUCCUGCCUACUGAGCCACCUUCAGGUCCAGAAAUCUCCAGCCAAGGCAGAGAUUCAAGCUGUGAGGGCACCCUCCGGGCCGUGGACCCCCCCGUGAGACACCACAGCUAUGGGCGCCAUGAGGGAGCCUGGAUGAAGGACCCUGCAGCUCGAGACGACAGGAUCUAUGUCACCAACUACUACUAUGGAAACAGCCUGGUGGAGUUCCGCAACCUAGAAAACUUCAAGCAAGGCCGCUGGAGUAACAUGUACAAGCUGCCCUACAACUGGAUCGGCACGGGCCACGUGGUGUACCAGGGUGCCUUCUACUACAACCGCGCCUUCACUAAGAACAUCAUCAAGUACGACCUGCGUCAGCGCUUUGUGGCCUCCUGGGCUCUGCUGCCCGAUGUGGUAUAUGAGGACACCACACCCUGGAAGUGGCGUGGCCACUCGGACAUUGACUUCGCCGUGGACGAGAGUGGCCUGUGGGUCAUCUACCCUGCUGUGGAUGACCGUGAUGAGGCCCAGCCCGAAGUGAUCGUGCUGAGCCGCUUGGACCCCAGCGACCUCUCGGUGCACCGGGAGACCACGUGGAAGACGCGGCUGCAGCGGAACUCCUACGGGAACUGCUUCCUGGUGUGCGGCAUCCUGUACGCCGUGGACACCUACAACCAGCAGGAAGGCCAGGUCGCCUACGCCUUCGACACGCACACGGGCACCGAUGCACGCCCCCAGCUGCCCUUCCUCAAUGAGUACGCCUACACCACCCAGAUCGACUACAACCCCAAGGAGCGUGUGCUGUACGCCUGGGACAAUGGCCAUCAGCUCACCUACACCCUCCACUUCGUGGUCUGAGUGGAGACCGGUGUCCCCUGGAGAGGGGCAGCAGUGCAGGGCAGGUUCCCCACACCAGCUCCUGCAACUGACCCAAUCCACAAAUAUUUAUUGGAGGCCAGCCCAGGGCUGGGACUGAGCAUGAGGUGGUCACCAGGUUGAGCUUCCUCAGCACCCAGUGGGUAAUACUUGCUUCUACUUGCAGAGCACUGUGCCAAGCACUUUCCGCUCACUUACCCAUUGAUUCUCCCAGCACCUCCUUGGAGGUAGAGAUCAUGAACCCACUUAACAGAUGAGGAAACAGAGGCUCAGAGAGGCACCAUCCCUUGCCUAACACCUCAGUUGUGAUCAGGCAGGCUGUGCUGUCACGACAGCCCCAUUUUACAAAUGAGGAGACUUUACCACGCCCUCCCCUCCCUGCCCUUCCCAUCUCCCCUGGUCUCCCUUGUUCUCUAAACCCUGUCUCCCUUCCCAGGGCCACUCAGAAUCAGAGGCCUUGGGGGCCAGUCCACUGGUGUGGGGUGGGUGGAGGCCCCGGCUCUGCCUGCCAUCCCAGGGCCCUGUCCUGGCUGAGCUGUUGGUGGUUCUGGGCUUUGGGCCCCUUGCCCAAUGUCCUUGCCUCUUGCCUUUGGCCAGCCCCCCCAGCCCAGCCCACCCCACCCGCUGUCCGGCCGCAUUCCAAACCUCUACCGUCACCUAGCUGCCGAGCAGAAACCGCACCCCGAGAGAAAAUCCCAGCCUCUGUUCCAAGGCCCCUCUCUGCUCCAUGCUCAUUUUUGUUUUUUCUUAUUCUUCAUCAGUGCUCUCAUUUGUUUCUGCAGCAGCAGCUGAGAAGGCAGCAGGCAACUCAGGGUGGGGAGCUCAGCUGAGGCUCCCUCUCCACCCAGAAGCACUGGUGUUGGUCACAUAGUCAGGCCUUGAGUCCCCUCCCUGGUUCAUCCCAGAGCCUUUGGGCCUGGAGUCCACCUUGUCCUUUUUCUCUGGGCUUUCAAACCCACAACCUUUACACACUCAGGGAUACCUCCAGGUCUGCCAUGAAUAAGACCCUAGGCCCAAGGCUGGUGUGGUGCCAGGAUGGCACAGGUUCCUUCUUCCUUGCCAGCCCUGACCUGGUCACUGGGGAGGCUGACUCAGCAGCCUGGGGGCUACAGAAGACACGGUGUGAGUAGUUGGGUCCAGGGGAGGCAUCAGGCAUUCUUCUGGUUGCAGGAGAGAGCCAGAGGGUGGAAGUGGAGAGGGAAGAACUGGGGGUCUGCAGACUGGACUUAUCCUGGCUUCAGAGACAUUGUUGCCAGGGCUGCCCCAAGCCCAGGACUUCAGUUGAGGAUGCACAGCUGGGCGACCUCACCCGGGGCCACUGAUGGCUCCCUGGAGUCUCAGACCCACACAGCCCAGAGGACAAGGCCUUCAAGCCUCUCCCUCUUCUGCUUUUUUAGACAAUAUUUUUAGUGCUGGAAAGAAAUUCUCUAGCCCAACUCCCUGUUUCAUGAAAGAGAAAAUAGGCUCAGAAACGUUUGGAGAGCAGCUCAGAGUCGCAGUGGAGCUGGGCACAGCUGACCUCCUUCCAGAAGGGCUCUGUCUGUCUCCUUUAUUCUCCCCAUAUGGAGGCUGCCCUACCUGGGAAGGCACCCCAGCCACCCCAGCACCUAUGAAGGGCAUUUACUGCUCAUCCCCACCCACCCCCUGGCCCUUGCUGCCUUCGUUCUGUCCAGUGCCAGGUCCAGCAAUGUCUGUAUGUUUGAAUACCAGUUGCCAUGUUAGGAAAGUCAGCUGCACAGCUAAGAGUGUAAGGAAAUGCUUUUUUUUUUUUUUUGAGAUGGAGUUUUGCUCUUGUUGUCCAGGCUGGAGUGCAGUGGUGCGAUCUUGGCUCACUACAAUCUCCACCUCCUGGGUUCAAGCAAUUCUCCUGCCUCAGCCUCCCUAGUAACUGGGAUUACAGGCGCUUGCCACCACACCAAGCUAAUUUUUAUAUUUUUAGUAGAGACAGGAGUUUCACCAUGUCGGCCAGGCUGGUCUCCAACACCUCACCUUAGGUGAUCCGCCCCCCUCGGCCUCCCAAAGUGCUGUGAUUACAGGCAUGAGCCACCGUGCCCAGCUAGGAAAAGCUUUUUGUGCAGAAUACACUUUUUUCGGGCAUUGUCAGGUGACGUUUUGUUUAAGCUCUUAACUCACCCCUGGGAUACAGGGGAAUGAUGACACCCAGCCCAGCCAGGCCUGACUCAUCAUGGUCACAUCCAGCCCCCACCCCCAGCCAACCAACCGCUGCAGGCUCCUCUUACAGACGCAUCAGGGGGCUACAAGGCCCGGCAUCUCCCUUGGCCCUGGGUGUGGGUUUCACGAGACUGUGUCUUUUGUGACAUCAUAGCCCAACCAUGUGAGAAGAAAGAGAAGGCCUCCCCUUUCUUCAUUAAUCUAAAAAAAGGAAAAUGAGAAUAGGCUGAUUUCUAAAAGUUACAGGACAAGCAGCAUUGCAUUCUGGGGGAACAAUGCUGGCCACAGCCCCCAAACAUUCACUACGCCUCUUCUAUUUUCAGACCCUUAUAAGUGGGUUAUGUGGUGGAUAUUGUCAGUUUUUUGUUUUUCUUUUCUUUUCUUGAGGCAGUUUUGCUCUUGUUGCCCAGGCCAGAGUGCAGUGGCGUGAUCUCGGCUCACUGCAACCUCUCCCUUCCAGGCUCAAGAGGUUCUCCUGCCUCAGCCUCCUGAGUGGCUGGGAUUACAGAUGCCCACCACUGUGCCUGGCUCAUUUUUUCUAUUUUUAGUAGAGAGAGGGUUUCACCAUGUUGGCCAGGCUGGUCUUGAACUCCUGACCUCAGGUAAUCCACCCAUCUUGGCCUCCCAAAGUGUUGGGAUUACAGGCGUGAGCCACUGCGCCCGGACAGUUUCUUCAUUUUACACAUGGUCACACUGGAGCCUAGAACAGUGAAGUCACUUGUCACAUAGUCAGUUGAGUAGAGAACCAGGUUUUAAAAUCAGGUGAGAAAACCAUCAUUGUUAACUGAGCACCACCUGUGCUAAGCCUGCCACGGGCACGUCCUUGCAGCCUCAUAACAGUGGAAGGUCUAUAUCCUGAAUGUGCCCAUUUUAUAGAUAAGGACACUGAGGAGAACAGACUUAUCCAGGCUAACACAACAGCUCAGCCCGUUGCAGGCGCUGGUCAGUGCGUGUUCUUUGCCACCAGCCUGUCACUCCAGUAGCCGCUCCAGAAACGGUGGCUGUGGCUUUUAUCCACAAACUGGCAUCCACAGAAAAGCCCCAGGAAGGAGGUUGGGGCCAGCUCAUAAAAAGCCUCAAUGCCAAGCCAAAGAGUGAAUACCUCCAGCCAUUUUUUAGAACAAAGUCAUGUAUAAAUUUACAGAGAAAAUAUUCGAAGACAGUUGGAUGUUGUCCUGUUGGUGAGGAAAGGAAGGGAAAGGUUUUUGUUUUGGGGAAAUGGAACCAGCCCACAACUGCACACGUGAGCUCUCAUGGAAACCUGACCCCCAACAGCUUUUGAGGGUUCUUGAUUUUUUUUUUUAAUCUGUCUUGGGCUUUAUUAUUUUUGGCAAAAGGUACUUCAAACAAGGGAGGGCCUGGACAGAGGAGGGCCAGGUCUUCUUACUGACCUAGUCCACAAAGGCAAAGGAGGCUGUCUCGGGUGUUCCUGAACGGCGUGACACAUGAAGGGGCUUUGGCUACCCCUUGGGUUCCUCCCUAGAGACUUGCAGCUCUUAAAUUUAAUCUGCUCUGUCGGGGGCAGGGCAGGUGUAGAGAAUGGAGCUCCUGCCUUGGGGGCAGUGCUAAAAGUGGGGCUUCAGGAUUUUCCUGGGAAUGAUUUGAGGGCUCCUGAAAGGCCGUGUGUUCCCAGGUGCCUUUUCCUCUGGGACAGCAUGGGAAGCUGCUGUCAGGGCAGAGCACGGCACGGAUGGCUGGCAGAGAGCCCUGGCUCGGAGUCAGGGUGCCCUGGUCGGAAUCCAGCCCCACCUUUCAUGCCACAGGUUUGCUCAAGUUCUCUCCCCUUCAGGGUAGGGCUGUGAAGUCCCUCUUACAGCUAAGAACAUGCACUUAGUAAGGAUGAGACCCACCUAGAGCUUUACCACUAAUCCCCUCUUCCGCCGGAGCCCCAGGGCCGGCAUUAUUUCUCCCCACUACAGGUGAUGAGCCUCAAGUUCAGAGCGCUUCAGCAACCUGCUCAGGGUCACGUCUCUAACAGGCAGUAGACUCAAGGUAUAAACCAGAUCUGCUUCUGUACCAAAGUCCCAAACUAACUGUUGGUAGGAAUCUUGUAACCAGCCAUGUUUUCUUACUUGCUUUGGCCGUUGGGAAGCUCAAAGUCAAAUUUGAGACCCUUUUUUUAACAAUUGUGCUGAGUCUACUACUAGAUGCACUUCAUUCUAGCUUUCUGCUUUUACCUUUGCCCUAAUCUUUUUAUUUUUAUUCUGUUGUACUUUAUCUACUAUCUAUUUUUGUAAGUUGCCAAGAUACCUGUUUUGCAACAAGAUGUGAUAUAUCUAAAUAAAGACAUGUUCAAAGGUUUGAU